ACGGAGCACCGACGUGGAAAGGCCGUGGAAACCUACGUCGCAGAAGCGCUUUUCGCUUUCUCUCUCUCUCUCUCUCUCUCUCGCUCGUCUCCCUCGUUCCUCUUCGACACGGCUUCGUCCUCCUCAUCCUCAUCUUCUCUCCAAACCCUAACCCCACGCAUCGCCAAGAUCGCCUUCGAUCUCUCGCUCGCUCGCUCGCUCGAUCGAUCGCACUCUUCUCGAGGGUUCUGGAGUCUCCAUGGUUAUCCAAGAAGGUUCUAGAAAGGGUGCGGCGAAGACACUCGAUAGCUUCUCCUCCACCAAGGACGUCACCUACAGCUGCGGAUAUUGCGGUUAUGCUUUGAAUCUGAGCUCUUCUAAUAGGAAUACCUCGAACAUCGGCUCGAAGUACGGGAAGGCGAUCAAGAAGGGGAUCGUCUCCUUCUUCGCGGUCGAUGAGAGUCGGUUCACUCAAAGCGAUGAGUUUAGCUGUUUGCCUUACUUCAAUUCUAAGAAUUCAUGGGGAUUUCUCAGGAAGAGGACCAAAUUGCUCUGCCGCAAGUGUGGGAACUAUAUCGGCAGUGCCUACGAUGAGGUUUUCCCCUCUAAUGGAUCUGAUGGUCCAGAUUCAAGCUCCGAGAUUGGUGUAUCAGACCGACGGAAGUACAAUAUAAAGAUCAGCGCGUUGCAACCUUUGUCUGAUGAUUCAGGUAAUUUCCUUUCCACGCAAUGAAAAUAUGUUAAUGGAUUGUUGGUGUUUUUUUUUUCUGCGGAGUUUCUUGUUGUAGAAUUGGUAUGUGGCUGUGAAAAGUGAGAAGAAAAAGAACAGAAGAUGGUAAGUUUCUAAAGCUUCAAUGUUACUUGUAAUUACUUCGGUUGUAUAAAAGUUACUCUGCUUCGUCUGGAGUGUAUGUUCUUAAGUUGUGUCCAUAUCAUAAAACGAGAAGUAAAUUAAAUUCUUUGCGCAUGUCAUGGUUGCUAUUUUUGACCCACUGUUUUGCUCAUAGUAAAGGGUUUGAAUGAUUUUGUUUAGCCCGUCUUAAUUUUCGCACUAGCUGUUCGGGUACUCAAUUUUCAGCAUUUAGUAAUUGCUUUUAGAUCAAUAAUCAUAGUCCUAAGUACCUUUUCACCUCCUAUACUUUUUGAGACAAGGUUUAAGGUUGUCUAAUGAUGAGUCAUUUUAUUAUCAAGGCUUAUUGGGUAAAAGAAAAUAUUGAAAAGUAGUCAAACAACAUUAAACUUGAGAAGAUGUAUAUGGCCUGUGAUGCACAGAUAAAUUGGCAUGUUUUGAAUUUUCCUAAUGUGCACUCUAUUUUGCCAUUUUCUUGAGCUUAUUUGCAGCAUGAUAUUGACUACUUGUAUGUAGGAGUCAUGAAAUUUUGUUGAUCUACAUAGAAACAGGUUAAUGUGGCGGAUAUCUCUGAUAAGUUGCUCUUUGACAUGAGAAAUAAUCUUCUGCUCUUCAAGAUUCUGAAAUAGUUCUGCAACAUAGAUUUAUUUUGUCGAUUUGUCGAUUUAUAAUGUAUGGCAACCGUACUUAUUCUUCGAGUCGCUGAGCCCAUCAGCACUAUUCCAUGUUCAAUCUCUUGACACUUGAAGACACUUCAUCUUCACAUAUGUUCAAAAUCAGUAUAUCUUGUUGAUCAGUGGAGAAUUUUGUUUCGGUAAAUAGAUGGCUUGUAUUAUUUAUACAAGCCAUGCAUCUUCCAAUGCAUUUUUGUUGCAUUUUCUAUUUGUAUUCAGCAGUCAUCUUAAACAACUGAGCUUGUUUGAUGCAAAAGUUGACAUCACAGUCGAACUGUGGGGAUAUAAUUGAGACAAGUUGUGAAGUUCUCGGGCAAUUUUUAUAAUA